AGCGUCGUGGACGUGCGUUGAGUCCUACGAGUCUAGUGGAAAGAGCGGAGAAGCACAUUUUUGAGUUGGAUUGCGUGUUUCACAGCGCCGAGAAAAAAAAAGGCUAGAACGUUACUUAGUUAUUGACUGUAAGACGUUCGCCAAUUUACCUCAAUGAACAUGCUUUCAGGACCAGCUUUUUUUAUUUUUAGUUGAUAAAAUAUAAUAUAAAUAUCAGCCACCAGCUUCAAACCGUGAUGUGAGAAAUCCAAACUUGACUGUGAUACCGGGAGGGAAAAACUUCUCUACUUUUCCUUUAUACGGACACGGAACGCAAAACAAGGAGCGAAUGAUAGAUCAUUGAUGUACAUUUGAACACACUGAUCUGUGGCAAUCACUGAGAAAAGGGAAGCAGGAUCCCUCUUCUGAAAGUCACAUCAGUCACACCCAAACCUCUCCCAAAAUGUCUCUGGCCUCCUUCCACUUGAUGCAGGCCCUGAAGAACUCUCCUGCAGCCCUGCGCAGACACUUUAAACGUGACCGCACAGAAAGCCUUUCCCAUGGGGACCCCAUAUUCAAAGUCCAUUAUCUAGGCACUAAAAAAAUCUUCUCUCUUGACCUGGAGCAGGCAGAAGAAGUCAUUAACCGGCUCCUAGAUGGUGCGCCUGGAAAGUUAUCCAAAGACCAUGCUCUGGUGGUGCGGCCACGAUAUGUAGAAGUAAAAGAGUUGAGCACAGGGAGACAGCUCACCAAGACCUACCUGCAUGACAUUGCCUACUGCGCAUCACACACAGCCCAUCCCAACGUAUUCCUCUAUAUAUGCAGGCAACCUGGCCAACAGCUACAGUGUCGGGUGUUCUGGUGUAGUCGUGUGGAAAGGGCAAAGGAUAUGACAGCAUGCCUAGCAAACUCAUUUCAGAGGGCACUAAACGACUGGCAAGAUGGCUGUGCGACACUGCCAAAGGCGGAGGGCAUUGCUAGGGAUGUUGAGGGUGACAUCACCCCUGCUGCCGCUGCCAAAGGAUUGACACUGCCAGCCAGUUUGGGGAAAGUGCGUUGGAAGAAGAAGGGCUCAAUUUCACGUAGUCCUCUGAGAGGCAUCACCAGAAGAGGUUCAUCCAGUGAAAACUGGCAAUGAGAUUCCCAACUAGUGGAUGUCUUGACCCCUAUGGGAUCCUACCAACAAGAAAGCACUUUUUCUCCAUUCCCACCAUCUCAACAUAGUGACAGAUGACAACGGCUGGACCUGUCAUAGCUUGACUCCAACAAACCUUUCAGGCGAAGAAAGUACUGUUUUUAUAGAUUAAUGUUUGGACUUUAAUUGAAGUUGUUGUUUUUGCUCCAUUCGGGCAAAGACAUUGAUGACUGAAAAGGUGGGGUGAGACAAUAGUUCUAUAAUUAUAUGCUGGUCAUUUUUUAUUUGAUGUGUUGCUUUUCAAAUUGGUAGAAGUAUUGUUUGUAUCUUCAUCUCAAGACUUGAAGCCUCUAAGGACUUGUAUGCAAAUUUCAUGCAGUUAAAUAUAUAUAUUACCAAAGUUAAGUAAAACUGACUGGUAGUUCUUUUGA